CUUUCUAUUAAACAUAAAAAAACUUAAAAAUAAAAAUCACCCAAAAAAUCUUACUUUCAAGGGUUGUUUUCCUCUCCGUAGUUAUCACUGAUAAGUUAAAAAUAAAAAAACAGGUUAAAAAUUCAACUCCAUAUCACAAAAAAAGAAAAAGAUUAUGGAGAACAAUCAUACCCCAUUACUCCAAUGUUCCCCAGAAAGAACCGGAACAUUGGGGACAGCAGUAGCACACAUAAUAACAGGAGUUCUCGGAUCAGGAGUGCUAUCAUUAGCAUGGAGUUUGACGCAACUUGGAUGGAUAGCAGGUCCAAUUGCAUUGAUUGUAUUCGCAUUAAUCACUCUUUUCUCGUCGUUUCUACUAUGUGAUUGUUACAGAUCUCUUCAUCCUCACCAUGGCCUUCUUCGUAAUCUAUCUUAUCUUCAUGCUGUUCGAUUCUAUUUAGGCGAAACGAGUGCUUGGCUUUGUGGAAUUAUUGUACAUAUAAAUUUAUAUGGAAUAGGAAUUGCUUAUACCAUCACUGCUGCUAUCAGCUUAAGAGCUAUACAGGAAUCAAACUGUUAUCACAAUUUAGGUCCUGCCUGCAAAUUUGAGGAUGCUUAUUACUUCAUGUUAUUCUUCGGAUUUGUUCAAAUUAUUAUGUCUCAGAUACCAAACAUGCAUGACAUCAAAUGGGUUUCGUUAAUAGCUGCAAUCAUGUCUUUUACAUACUCCCUCAUUGUGCUCGGACUUUCUAUGAUGCGAGUUACAGGAAAUGGUGUGAUUAAGGGUAGUACUAGAGGAGCACCUACUUCGACUGUCAUGGAGAAAGUAUGGUUGUUAGCUCAAGGACUAGGGGAUGUAGCUUUUGCCUAUCCAUUCUCCUUGAUUCUUAUUGAAAUUCAGGAUACUCUCAAGUCUCCGCCAUCGGAAACUGAGACCAUGAAGACGGCAUCUACCAUAUCUGUUGUGGUUACGACCUUAUUCUAUCUCCUAUGUGGAGGGUUUGGUUAUGCUGCUUUUGGAGAUAAUACACCGGGGAACCUUAUGACAGGACUACAUGAACCAUAUUGGCUUGUCAACCUUGCUAACGUUUGCAUUGUUGUUCACCUCAUUGGAGGUUAUCAGGUGUUCACCCAAGCACUUUAUGCAGCAAUCGACCGUUGGUUUGCUCAGAAGUUCCCAGAUAAUGAAUUUAUCCACAAUUCACACUCUUUUAAGCUUCCAUUGGUUCCAUCUCUUAGGGUGAACCUUUUUCGGUUGUGGUUUCGAACGGGCUAUGUUGUAUCAACUACCCUCCUAGCAAUAGCCUUCCCAUAUUUCAAUCAAGUCUUGGGGAUUCUUGGUGCUCUCAUGUUUUGGCCUUUAUCCAUAUAUUUCCCAAUAGAGAUGUACUUGAGCCAGAGAAAUAUUCAAGCAUGGACAGGGUGGUGGAUUGCUUUAAAAACCUUUACUUAUGUUUGCUUGAUGGUUAUAUUAUUUGCUCUAUCAGGAUCACUUGAAGGGCUUAUAAAUGCAAAAUUAGGCUGAGAAUAAGAAUUAUGUUCCAAGUAUUACGGUGUUUAUUUAUUUUUUAAAAUUUUUUUACCCUUAUACUCUUGCAUGUAACUUUCUUUUUAAAAUUUAUUUUUUUUAUCAUAUCUUCAUAUUUUUUUUGAUGAGCUCGCAUGACAUACUCAUUCUAUUGUAAAACUUGCGACAUUCUUGUUUUAAAUGUUCGGUGUUAUUCACGAUAUCCAUCUCUUCAAAUCGAGGGUAUCAAUGAAUGUUUUAAUCACUAGGGCUAGCAAAGGAACGUCUUCAUAAACAGAUAACUUGCAUUGAAGCGAUAACUUGGAGUGAGCAUGAUAGUUAUAAAUUGCGACAUACAGAUGAUGUGUUUACGCAAACGAUACAAUAAAGAAUACACGGUGGAAACAUUAAGAGCCUACCAGAUUUAACAAUUACACGAGCUACCGCCUCGACAAAAGAUCAGAGAUGCAUCACUUGCAUUUCGCAGGAUGAAGCCGGAAAAUUUUCAUUUCGGAUGCAACUCUGGAACCGUUGUGGAUUCCACCAUUUUCACAUGUAUUACUAGGAUAUAUUGUAGUUGGAAAGGUGUACAAAGACUCAUUUUACAUAUAAUUCCUGCUAAAAACCAUAAACCUCUGAGUCAGUUUGCAACUAAAACAAGACUUGAGUAUGUAUAUCUAGAUCAGUGUCACAUGAUUCACUAGUCAGCCAGCGAAUUGCGAAAAAAAAAAAGAA